GUCUGAAGGAGGGCCUGUUCCGCAAGCCAGGAAAUGGACGUAAAAUGAAGAUGCUGAAAGAGCAGCUGCUCACCAAAGGAGGAGAUGCUUUGAUUGAUCCUGAAUUGUUUGGACCGCAUGACGUUGCAUGCGUGCUCAAAGAGUUUCUGAGGGAACUGCCAGAACCCCUGCUUACCAACAAGCAUAUUGAGGCAUACAGACAGAUUAGGGGCCUAGGUGCCCACGCCGACACGGCUGAGGAAAAAGGGUGGUAUGCUCAGAGGAAGCUAUCAGCCGUGCAGUUGUUGAUACGUUUGGCACCCACCCCAGUGCAGAAGAUGGUGAGGUACUUAAUGAAGCUGCUGUUGAAAGUUGCUCAAGAGCCAGAGACCAAGAUGACACCCACCACUUUAGGCACUAUUUUUGCUCCUAUUUGCUUCCUCAACCGUAAGGCUACAGCUUCAGAUAUGUGUGUACUUAUCACUGAGACUGAACCGUCAGUAGCCUUUUUGAUUGAAAAUGCAAAGGAAUUGUUUGAGGUUCCUAAUGGUCUAGUGAGAGAUGUGAUGAGCUUCUGGACUGACGUGGUGAAGUGCCAACCUGAAGAUAGCUCAGAACACCCUAAGAUGAAGAAAUUUACCAGUGGUCCAAUCGUGAACACAAACAUCUGCUAUAUUGACCGCAAAGCGUCUCAGUGUGAAGAUGUUGCCACCAAUACCCAGGCAGAGCUGGCGAGUCUGUAUGCCCACGUGCAGUCGCUUCCAGACACUCCGCACAAUGUGAAACUAAAAAAACAGAUCCAGAAAGGGACUACUACUCCGGUCAGCUCUAGCAAGAAACAUCCAAGGAGUAAAUCCAUUGGCGCUUCCAUUAAGAAACGGCUUCCGAAUUUGGGUAGCACAAAGAACAAGAACACAGAGUUCUCUGUACUUGGCAGCGCCAGCAGUUCUGCCAGCAGUGAGGAUAGCUUGGGUGUUUACGUGAUGAGUUACAAAAGUAAUGAUCAAGUUGCGGUUGUGCACUGCGCAGAGCUGGACUUGCGGGCUGUCAAGAUACCUCUGGUUAAAAGACUAGACUUCUCCAACAUGCAGGAUACAGUGAUUACCCCUGCCAUGUCCAACUUGCUCAACUCGCCAACUACCACAAAAAUCAGAGGUGCUUUGAGGGAAUCUCGGCCUCGUCAGAAAAGGAGUCACACUCAGUGUGGACAGGGCACAUCUGACUGUACACCUCCGAAACUCGAAUGUCGCCCAAAGAGCAUGGAUGCCAUGGCCUUGUCUCCCAAAGAAAACAUCCCACCGCCAGUGCUUACCUCCAGCACACACAAAGAUUCCUCCAGGAUGGUUUUAAAACCGAGAGCCUCUGCUUUGCCAAGCUGUAAUUCAGACACCCAGGCAGCAGCCAUGCUGCAGGACAUAAAUGACAAAAGUGCACCGGAGAAGGCCCAAGCUGUUCUGAGAAAAGAGGGUCCAAAGCGUGCUGACUACUGUGAUAUCCACCUGCCCAUCAGUGCAACAACUUUGUGCAUUUCCCAAAGCCAAAUGGCUGUUGCAGAGAAAGAGAUCUCAUACCUGCCUUAUCAAGCCCCCAGCGGGGUCAUCAGGCUGCAAACCCCAGAGCGAGAGAAUGCGAGGGCUGUCAAUGACGCACCUCUCCGCAAGUGCAACGGUGCAGGGACGCCUAUUGUGAGACGUACUUUGUUGCAACUUUCCGUAAGCUCAAACUUCGAGACAACCAUUUGAAACCACACCUGCCGAAUGCACAAUGAAGGGGAGCAGACCACAGCUGACUGAAUGAAUAAACAAAGUUAAUUCCAUAACCUGUGAUAUUUUUUGAUAGACGCUCUUGAUACAAGAAGAAUCAGUGAGGUGGACGUGUUUGACUUCUUACAGACGCAUCUUAAUUCUGUUUGAUGGUUACGCACUUGAGUAUAUAUCUUUCUUGAAAUAGCUCCUGUUCUGGUUUUGGUGACAUUCAAAUCUGUUGAGUAAACUCACAUUUCAUACACAUUCAAACAGCACAAGAUGUGUUUACUUCAUUUGGCAAGGAAGAGGAUUUUGAAGGGCCAGUCCUAGAGAUGGAUUUUGGUCAAGACUAGACAACUCGAGCUGAUUUUCUCAGCAUGUGGAAUUUUAUUGCCUCUUGUCCUUCUUUUAGACUGGAGGAGGUUCAAGGCAGUUCUGUUUAUCCUUUGACUACAUGAAGAGGCAUCCCUUUAGUGAGGCUGCAAAAGUGAGAUUGCUUGGAAUGCCUGACUGCUUUUCAUGGGAAGAAGUGGUUGAAGUUGUUCAAUUUGUGAGCCUGGAAGUCCCAGUGAUAAAUGACAAUGCAGGUGAAAUGACAUUACAAAAAUUAAUUUUGUUUUAUUGUGCAAGCUUUUAGGGCUUGCAAGUGGUCCCGUCCUUGUAUCCUAGUCCAGUGGCUUUUUUAUUGUUUGUUGGAACAUUUGCGUAUGACAUUUUUUGCUUUGACAGUGAAAUAUUGCUCAAAUAUUGCUCCAAGUGUUAAUUAAAACAAUUUUCGUAACAUGCAUGUUUUUUAAAAUUGUUAUAAUCAUUCCUGUGUGUGAUUACUUCCAGGUUCCAGUCUUCCUCUCUAAACAAUGUUUCCCCUGUGCCAGAUGCACAAGAUCCAGACUUAAGAUAAGAUAAGAUACCUCUUUAUGAGCCAGAUUCUGGCACAUCGAAUUGGUGUUUCACCACGUACACACACACGCACACUCAUACACACACAUGUGCACACCCAUAUACACACACACUCUUCCCUCCCACAUCCUCUCUUGCACACACAUCUGUGCACAUAACCAUAAUAGUACAUGGCCUAAACAGUAACAAAAUAGCCAGCUGCAAGCACCUAUUUAUUUGUGACAUUUUGCAAGUUACAGAAUUUUAAAAAGUUAGAAACUGUAGAAAUGGUGGAGAAAAAAAUACUCGAUCCAAUUUUCAAGAUGGCCACCAUUUCCAUGGCAGCGGCUUAUGUAAUCAAGUGUGUCAACAGCUGUACAUGAAUCUUUUGUCUCAUACUUACUGCCUGUGACAAAAGCUGAUUCGUUUUGCCUUUAGUUAAAAAUGUUGUCUCGUAAGUUCAAGGUCCCUUAAGACAUUUAGUUGACAUAUGUUUUAAUUGGAAAGUUUAGUGAUGAGGUAAAAACCCAAAACUAUUAGAACAUUAUUUCAUCUCUAAAUCGUGCUGUUUUAGAUAUGGCAACUUUUGCAGUUGCAGUAUUCCAGCUUUUUCUCAUCAUUCUUUCAUAGAAAGAAUUUAAUCGGAAGAAAUAGAACUCAGUUCUUGAAUUUGAAAAAGUGAUGUAAAAAGCUUUUGUUUUAGUACUUUUUGAAUUUGUUUUAGUACUUUUGAAAAUCUCAAUAGUGGGCCACCAGUGUUCUGUAAACAUAACCCGUACGACAAUUAAAACCUGUGUUUUAUGUCUUGUUAUUCGCAGGUCUUGUCGAUGGAUGAAUUCAUCUCUUUAUUUCUUUUUCUAUUGAUACAGGUUUCACCAAUCUGUCUCUUGUAGUAAGCAAACAAUUGUUAACUAAAGAUUGUGACCUGUGGCAUCUUGCGCACACUGAAAUUUCCCUUAGCUGUGGGGCACAUUAUAAUUAUCAGUCAUGGGGUCAAUGAGCUUGUGUACUGCUUUUUAUCAUGAGUUUACUUUGUUUAAUCAAUUUAAUAGUUUUCUCAGUUUGACAUUAAGAGUUUACAACUUUGAGUUCUUUGUUUUGUCAUAAGCACUUGUUUGUGGUUCCUCAGUUCUAGUUUCUAACAAUAUUUUAAGAAUUACCUUGCUUUGCUUAGUUUAGUCAAAAGAAUGUUUUAUGAGAUGUGAAGCCUUUUAGAGAAAUAAAUUAAAGUGUCCAAA